UCUCUCGCCUGUGAUCAUGGCUGUGCUCAAACAUACCAGCCAUGUUUGCUAAUUUGAAACCUAAUGGUUAGCGAUACCUGUUUACUAUUUACAUCGCCUACACCGUCUUCAUUCAUAUAGGUCGCCAUCCCGAGGUCCAGAUGCACUGUUGCCUUCCUGAUCUAAGGACAACGAGAUGGAAGCAAAUAACCAUUUUAAUUAUGGGCCUCACUCUGUGUCGACUAACUCAGGACCGAAGCAUUCCUCAGGGGAUUCUCUCUAUACUAACGGGUCCUCCAUGAGCUUCCCCCAGCAAGGGAAAAAUCUGAACGGCGAUAUGAAUGUGAAUGGCAUCACUACUGCAGAUGGGGCCAGCCAAUCUGGCCCCCAUCCUCCUUCUUCCUCUUACUCCCAUAUGAGUAAUCACCACCAGAGCAGCAUGGGCUAUGACUACUUGUGGAACCAGUACAACCCAGCCAUGGGCUCUGGCCCUGCUUCUGGAACUGGCCAUGGAAUGCACCAAAAACCGGGUUCCCAGGGAGUGAUGUCACAGCAACAGCAUCAGCCUCAGCACCACUUUCAGGGACAUGGACAAUAUCAAGUCAACGGGAGCAUUGCUGGUUCACGGCAACCCCCGGUGGGAGGAGCACAGUACUGGGGCCGGGGAAAUCCAGGCCAUCAGCAAGGGGGGUCAUCCAUGUCAAUGGGGUACAACUCUCAUGGCAUAUUCGGAGGUUAUCCAAACCAGGUGCACACUGGCAUCCCACAGACUUCACACCACCAGCAGCCUCCGCCCAUGCAGCAUCAGCCAGCGACGGCACUUCACCACCACCCACAGCACCACCCACCUCAGCAUCUUCAGCCACAACAGCAGCAACAUUACGGCAUGGUGCCUAAUGGCAUGCCCUAUUAUCAGCACCAGUCUCAGAAUGCCCCUCUGUCAUCACAACAACCUCAAUCCCAGUCGCAGCCUCAGACUCCAUUGAUGCCUACCACACAGAGCUUCACCUCCCCGCGAGGAAGUCCACAGCACCAUCACAUGGGACGUGGGGGCAGCAGCAGCCCCCUGCCAGUGCAAGUACCAAUGAUGUCCCCCUCUGCGAUACCCGAUAAAGGCUCACCUCAACGAAGGGAGAGCCCAGGGGGAAGCAAUGUCGCCCAUUCCUCUGGGAUUCAAGGGCAUAUGAAUGAAUCCUACAAAGAAGUGAAUCAAGGUUACAAUGGUGUUGAGAGGCCCUCUGUCCCCCAGCAGCUGUCCACAACUGAGAGCUUCCCUGUCAAGCCACCAGGAACUUCCCUUGGAGCCACCAACGACUACAGCCCUCAACUACAACAGCCGGUUGUGGAUGCUGAGCCUGAAAAUCAGUGCCAUGACAUGGGAGCCACGUUCAAGGAGUUGAGUCCCCCUACUGUUGCUGGACCUCCACCUCCAAUAGCUAGUCCACCUUGUCAAUUGUCAAUUGCACUUCCUCAAACCUUAUCUGGGCCUUCUCCUGUCCUCCAGUCCUCAUAUUCCACAGUGGUUUCAGAAUCCCCAACAGGAGUGUCUGCACAUGCCCCAGUCAUACCAAAGACUGAAGUAAACACCCAGUCAGCUAUGGUUUCACCUCCUCAAGUACUCACUACACCUCCAUUAAUAGUUCAAGGCCUAAGACCUGCUGUGUCAUCUUCUGUGCAUGCAGCACUUUCAAAUUCUCCCUCGGUUUCUACAGUACAUCAGAUGGGCCAAAGCUUCAAAGCACCACCUCCUGCUGUAUAUACACAGCCUUUAGUUAUUAAGUCUCUGGCAUCACCACCUGAGACCUCUGUACCUCCUCAGAUGGCUCUUGCACCUCUAGCCGAAAAUCAAGGGUCUAAGGGUCCACAGGUUCCUCAGCCACCUAUAUCUCAAGAUGCACCUUUUCCAGUAAGCUCCACUCCUUCCUCCAGAAUAGCCCAUCCUCAAUUGGACAUUAUAUUUCCUCCUGUAAUCCCAGGUUCUACACCUCCUCCUACAACUGCUGGUAGUUUUCCUUUGCCUGUAGUCUCUAAACCUCUUGUCUCUACACCUCCUGUCAGUACUUCUGUCUCUUCUCAGUUAGUUUCAUCUCCUCAGCAUUCCACUGCACCUCCCCCUGCUGUGAGUGUGGCACCUCAGGCAUCAGCAUCACUUCCUGCUGAUUCGACUGCUCCUAAGGUCAAGGUUUCUUAUGCAGAAACUGUGACCCCUCUUGGGAACUCUGCCAAACAGGUUGUCUCGUGCUCUCCUCAAAGCCCUAGACAUGUGGUUUCUCCUCAAAGCCCUGGACAUGUGGUUUCUCAUAAAGCAGAUCAGCAGGAUUUUGAUGGACCAUUCUCCCCUCAGAAAACCAACAGUGAACCUGAAGUUAAACAUAUGCAUCAAAAAGCUAGUGUGACAACACCCAUGUCCAUCCAGGAGAGCCACACAGCUUCCCAUUCUGAAGAUUUCAUUAAAAUCUCAGAGACAUCUUUAAGUAUUCCAUGUUUAGAAGGGCCAGAACAGGACACUAUACCUGCAUUUGAAAAAAACACAGAAACCAACAGGGACCAAGCUAUAUGUGGGAUGGAAAACAGUAACACCUUAAAUGAUAUUUUGGGCACUGAGACAGGUGCUAAUUAUCCACCUUUGCCUGAGUCAGCCUACAGUGAUGGGUCUGAAGCAGAGAACAUUGGAUCCAUGGUGGAUAGCUGUGAUGUGUCCCUGAAAAGUGCUUCUCAGGCUGAAGUCCCCAUGUUCAAAGAUGAAUCGGUUGCUAAGGACUCUAGAGACAAGUUGCUUGUAGAUAGACGGACAGAGGACACCUCUCAUGAAGAAGUGUCUGUGGACAGCUGUUUGGACACCAGGAGCUCUAUAGAGGAUAAUUCACAGCUGGAUGACUUUUUAAAUGCCACUUCACAGAAUUAUGGCUCUUUGCUGUUAUCAUCCAUAAAUGACUUCUCUAUUCAGGCUGCUAAAGCCAAUGAUGGAAAAGCCAGUAAGGAAGGACAUGAUGGCCCAGCCUCAGUUAGCCGUGUGAAACAUGGCAUCUCUGUAGCAGACACAAAAGUGCAGGAAGAUGUUGGUGUGCCUGCCGUAGCAGCGGGCACUAACUUGCCUCUGCCUAAAGGCCUGUGUACCCUGGCAACAAAGAAGCCACGCAAGCCCAAGACCCCAAAGGCUUUAACUCCUCCUGCUCAAGGUGCACCUGAUACUAAGAAAAAGAGAAAAAUGUCAACAUCUAAAGUUUCAAAAGAAGAAAAAGUCAAAACAAAAAAGAAAAUUGAAGAGAAACCACCAUCUGCAACAAGGAAAAGGAAAAUCUCUAAAGGAGUGACGGUUGUGGCUACCGGCCCUGCAUUUCCUGCUGGAGCACCAUCUCUUCCACCCAGAGGGGCAGACGGCAUCACUGGUGACCUAAGUCUGACCAACAACCAGACCACCAUCAAAGCUGCGAAAGUGAAGAAGCCCAAAGUGAAAGAAACUGCUGCAAAGUCUCCCAACCCACCCAAAACUGAAGUCGUUUUGGAUACAGAUAUUAAAGAGGACAAUGAUGACAGCAGCUCCACAACAGGAGAAACUCCACGGCGCAGAAUUGCUACUGAAGAGCAAGUCAACUUCCCACUUCUCCAUGGUUGGAAGCGAGAGAUCCGUGUGCGGAGGCUUGAAGACCGACUAAAAGGGGAAACGUGGUAUUACAGUCCAUGUGGAAGGAGGAUGAAGCAGUUCCCUGAGGUGAUUAAGUAUUUGAGGAGACACCUGGAUAAUCUGAAUGGAGUGACAAGGGAACACUUCAGUUUCAGCCCACGUAUGCCUGUGGGUGAUUUCUAUGAGGAGAGAGACACACCAGAGGGCAAGAAGUGGAUUCUCUUGGCUAAUGAAGAAGUCCCAUCCAUGAUUAUGGCAAUAACGGGUAGGCGUGGUCGCCCCCCAAAUCCUGACAAGGAAGGCAAGCCUCGGACUCGAGCUCGUCGGCCCAAAGGAGCUCCAGCCAGGCGCCCAGGCAGACCUCCGAAGCCAAAGAUGAUAGACUUACUGAGCAAAAUGGAUGCCAGGCUGUUGAAGAGACUGGAGGCAAAGGAGGAGCUCACAGAGGAGGAUAAGGAGAAAUUGGUUAAGAUCAAGAAGAAAAUGAAGAAAAAGGCAAGAAUGAGAAGGAAAGAAGAUCUUAAGAACAAGAAGAUGAGGCAGGAGAAACUUAAAGUUAAGCUGGAGCAUGCCAAAGAACCCAUACAGGCGGCUCAAAUGCAGAGCCAAUCUCCAGAAACCGAUGCCUCCCAGCCAGGCCCAGAGCUGCCCAAGAAGCCUGGCCGCACAAAGAAAGGUCCUGUAGAGGAAGACCUAGAGAAGGCCAGCCCUAUGAAGAGGGUGGCAGGGGCCCGCAGCAAAGCCAAGGCCCUAGCCAAGGCCCAGGCUGAAGCUGAGGCCUUAGCGCAAGCUGCACUGGCAGCUAAGAGGCAGGCGGAGAGGAAGGCACAGGCCCAAAGACGGAUGGAGGAGAGGAAGAGGCAGCAGAUGAUCUUGGAAGAGCUAAAGAAGCCCACUGAGGACAUGUGUCUCACUGACCACACACCUCUGCCCGAGUUGUCUCGUAUCUCAGGACUGGUGCUGUCGGGAGUGGUCUUUUCUCAUUCCGUCACUGUGGUGGAGUUCUUGCACAGCUAUGGAAAGGUGCUGGGUCUUCAGGUGCCCAAGGACAUCCCCAGCCUGGUCACUCUUCAGGAGGGUCUUCUGGGCCUGGGCAACAGUCAGGGAGAGCUUCUAGACCUGCUCAUAAAACUUGUGGAGGCCGCAUUACAUGAUCCUGGACUGCCAUCUUAUUACCAGUCUGUCAAGAUCCUGGGUGAGAAGCUGGUGGAUCUGGAGCUGAGCCACAGCACAGUGUCCGAAGUGCUCCGAGUCUUUCUGGAGUCUCAUGGCUUCGAGCGGGAUGUGUGUGACAGCCUCCGCACUAAAAGCUUCCAGACCCUGCGUCCUAACAUUAAGGCCUCCAUCCUAGCCUUCCUGGUGGAGGAGCUCAAUGCCAGCAACACGGUCAUCAGGGAAAUUGACAACACACUGGAGAACAUGACUACCUACAGGAAGAACAAAUGGAUAAUUGAGGGGAAAUUGCGCAAACUGAAGGCUGCUUUAGCACGCAAGACGGGCCGCUCGGAGGAGGAUCUGUGUUUUGAGGAGCGGAGGCGCAGUGCCCGUGUUGGGGUGGCUGAAGAGGAGAGCCUGAAGGACAGCACCCUGCUGGAGAGGAGCAGCCGACGCCGACCUAAAGAGGAGCUCAAGCACAGCGAGUCUGAAAGUCCAAAUGGAGCAAGUGUUCCCGAACUGGAGCGACAGAUCGAUAAGCUAACAAAGCGUCAAGUGUUUUUCCGUAAGAAGUUGCUGCAGUCUUCACAUUGCAUGCGGGCGAUGUCUCUGGGGCAGGAUCGGUACCGACGCAGGUACUGGCUGAUGCCACAUGUUGGCGCUUUGCUGGUAGAGGGGGCAGAAGAGAUCCUGGCUUCAGAGGAUAUUCUGGUGAAGGAUGAGCCAAUGCCCCCAGUAAAGAAAGAGGCUGUGUCUCCUGUGAAGACCGAGGUCAAAGUGGAGCAGCCUCUGUCUCCAUUGCCCAGUAACACCAAAACCGCCCUCAUUCCUUCCCCUCUGACUUCCAAUCCCCCCUCUGUCGAGGUGGACCCUCUCCCAGGGGAGGCUUCCCUGAUGAGCAGCCCUCGAGGCCGGGGCCGACCCCGUAAAAUCAAACCAGAAGUGGAGCUCCACCUACGCGCCGUCAAGAAUCGGCGGCGCCGCCGCAGCAGCAAAUCGGGUGGCGAGGAAUCGACGGCGGCAAAAGGACCUGACGGCAAAACGCAAGACCUCACCCAGUCCACCUUCCAGGCCUGGCUCAACCAGUCCCAGUGCUCCAUUACCAGUGGUCCAACAGAUUUAGCCUCCAGGACUCAGAUGGGCAAGGACAACAACCAACCAGAAGAUGGUAUGAAAGAGCUGGCAGAAAGGAGAGGACAGUGGUUCAAUCUGUUGCCUAAGGAACCCUGUGAAGAGAUGUCUGUAUCCCAGUCAUGCCCACCGUCAUCUACCUCCACGCCCCCCGCUCAAGAUGCUCCUCUCCCUGGUCCAGCCCCACUACCACAAGCUGUGAUUCCCCCUCAGGUGAGUCCCCCUCAGAUUCCCCCAUCGCUGCCGAGACCCGGGAGGAGGCGGCGGAGGGGCAGUGGUGCCGGGCGGGGUCACUCUCGGGCAGGGGCAGUGAAGCGCAGGGGACGCCCACCCUCCUCUUUAUUCCAGGAGAUGGAACAGAAGUAUUUCACUCAGCUUGUGGUCAAGCCUAUUCCACUAGAGAUGGUCAAAGGCUGGUGGUGGGUCAAAGAGCCGGAGGAGCUGACGGCCAUUUUGAGUGCUCUUCACCCACGUGGUAUCAGAGAGAAGGUUCUCCACAAGCAUCUUACCAAACACAUGGAGUUUUUAGCCGAGUUCUGCACACGGCCCAUGACUGAUCCCAUCUUUCAGCUGAAGGUGGAGGACACUGAAGCCCUGCUGAAGAUGGUGCAGCAACCCUGGUUGGAGCAGGAGCGGGCCAUGCAGAUAGAUCUCACUGUCCUGCAGUGGGUGGAGGACCUGGAGCAGAGGGUGGUGGGUGCUGAUUUGCAGCUCAAGAUUGCUCCCCUGAAUGGACCAAGCGAUACUGAGGAUGUCGUCGAGUCAUCGGCUGUAGGAUUUCAGGUGUUCACCGUGCCUGAGCCAGACUCGACGCGGGAUGACCUGCAGUAUUACGAGCAUGAGGUGGACCCACGGGAUGACUGGAUAGUGAAGACCAAGAAGGAGUGGUCUGACCUGCUGCGCAUGACUGCCAACCCAGUGGACCUGGCUGUGUUGCGCCUGGCCAACCUGGAGAGGAACAUUGAGCGCCGCUACCUCAAGGAGCCGCUCUGGAACCUGGCUGAGGUGGUGCGCCUGGCGCCGCUCACACCGCCGCCUGGUGGAGAGGAGAUCCCCCUGGACGUUGUUAGUCUGGAGAGUGAGAUCACCCCCAGACUGAGGAUAUGGAGGCAGGCCCUGGACCGGAGUCGAAGUGCGUCACAGGUCUCUCUGUGCCUACUGCAGCUGGAGAGGGCCAUCGCCUGGGAGAAGUCAAUUGUCAAAGUGGCAUGCCAGGUGUGUCGUAAGGGUGAUAAUGAUGAGUAUCUGCUCCUGUGUGAUGGCUGUGAUCGUGGAUGGCACAUGUUCUGUCUAAGACCAAAGGUCAUUCAGGUGCCGGAAGGAGACUGGUUCUGUCCCAACUGUGUUUCCAUGGGGAUGGGUGAAGCCCCGCGGCCCCAGCGGUCCGCUCGGCAGAGGUCAAAGGUGCGGAAACGGCGCUUCACUUACGGGGCGGAAAGUUCAGAUGAAGAGGAGGGCCAUAGGCGGAGCAUGAUUACAAGGCAGAAAGAUGUCCACACUCCAUCCAGUAGAACAAGCUGCUCACCCUCUAAACGCAGGCGCAUGGCUACACGGAACCAGCCUGAUCUCACUUACUGCGAGAUCAUUCUGAUGGAGAUGGAGGCCCAUGUAGAUGCCUGGCCGUUCCUAGAGCCUGUCAACCCACGACUGGUGCCUGGGUACCGGCGCAUCAUCAAAAAUCCUAUGGACUUUCUCACAAUGCGAGAGAGGCUUCUACAGGGAGGGUAUUGUAGUUGUGAGGAGUUUGCUGCAGAUGCACAGCUGGUCUUCAACAACUGUGAACUCUUUAAUGAAGACUCGUCAGAGGUGGGCAAGGCUGGUCACUCUAUGAGGCACUUCUUUGAGAGCCGCUGGGCAGAGUUCUAUUCAAACAGUGACAAAUAGUGGACUGAAUUAAGGACGUAUUGAAUGCCACAUUCUCCCAAUUGCUCAUUACUACCAAGACUGAUUCUGGAGACAUCUCCAGUCCUCUGUAUAAAUGUGUAGAUACAUGUAUAGAUUUGUUCUGUUCCAUUUCAGCCUGGUUUGUAUGUUUUUGGGUUUUUUUGUUUUUUGUUUUUUUCCCUUUCCUGUUGUUUUUCAUUAUUGUUGCUUGGGUGCAUAGUAGGAAUUCCUGAUUUCAAAUUCAGUGUCUUUUAAUCAUUACACCCAACAGCUUCACAUCAAUCCUUGGGCCUUUAAGUGGGAGGAGCUACAGCUUGAUACUCAGUGGUUCAGACUUUAUCGUCAAGCAUCUGCUUGCAAGCAUAUCAAUUUAUUUUCCCCACAAGGCCUUCUGCUUCAUUUUAUCUUCCAAGGAGUGUCUCCUUGGUUGACCAUAUUAAUGUAGUAUGAUCUCAAGUCUAGAAAUUUUUUUUUUCUCAGUAUAUUUUUAUUAUAUAUUCUAUAUACUUAAAAAGACAGAAAAAAACUGAAUAGCUGGGAUUAUUUAAUAGCAAUAGCCUGUAGUGUUCAUGUACAGAUCACAUCAUAGAGAUGUGUAGAUGACUCAUGAAAUGGCCAGUAAUAAACAAGGAACAUUUAUUCUCUAUGAUAUUCUAUGUCCUGUACUUUCCCCCAACCUUAUACCUUGCUUGUUAUGUAGAGCUUUGGUCUUGCCUCCUGGAUGAGUUGCAUAAAUUACUACUUUUUUUCCUUUAACUUUAAUCAACCUCAUUUCUUUAUUAAAAAAAUCAAGGUGUCAUAGAAACAGCAAAAAUACUUAAUAGCACUGAAAGACAACGGCCACUUAUUUUAUUUUUAAUUCUCUGCUAGGUCGGUGUAGCAGUUUUAUUUUGCCUUUAUGUAUGAAUAGUGUGAAAAAGUACUAGACUGAUUGAAUAUUGUUGUGCGUGGAAAGGUUACAUGUAUACAUUUGGAGCACAGAGUAUAGAUAUCGUGUUUAGCGAUACUUGUUCUUCAUUGGAAGAAUCGGAUCAGAUGUUCUUUGGUUUAAAAAAAAAAAAAAAAAAAAAAGAUGUUCUUGGACAUUUUUUAAGCACCUCAACAUCCAUGGAUAGGAAUAUACGUUUGAUGACUGUUACAAAAUGUGGACAUGGGUGUGUUGCAACCUGAAUCUUAAAUACUUUCACUGAAAGACUUUCACUGUACCUUAUGACGUGCCCCUUUUUGAUUGAUAUACAGUCGUCACUACUGUCAGUAGCAGAUAAAAACAGCUUUUCUCAGUUUGCUUUUUAACAUGGCUAACUUUUAAUAAAGGCUAUAUUAAGGUUUUAUUCAUUGUUAGCCAUGUUACAGUUGUUUGCUGGGCCUGUUGAAACCUCACAAUAAAAGAUACAAAAGCUAGUCUAAUGCAAAUUGUUGCAUUACUCCUUUCACAAUUCCACUGAAGGUUUUCUGUUGAAAUAUAAAUAGAACAUAAUAUGGCACUGAGGUUUUUUUGCAUCAUGGUUUCCUCUUAAGACAUGAGGUGGUGAAAGUUUAGUUCUACAUGUUAAUUUAAUGUAGUUUCUUACACUGAACUUGUCCUGCAUAACAGAACAUGUCACUGUGUUCAUAGCAACACAGAAGGGACUUUUUUUCUAUGAGUGGGAAGAUUAAAAGAAAAAAGUACUAAAACAUAAAACCAAGUGUGGUGUUUAGUGGAUUUUUAAUAAUGUACAGUUUUUGUGACUUUAAAUUUGUUCCUUUCUAUAUUUUUAGGACCAAUAUCGUUUUUAAGAGGCGGCAUUAAAUUACCAUGUUGUUUCAAGGUGAUGUAACACACGUGCAUCUGUAGAAUGUACUGUAAGCGGAAAUAAAACCACAUCAGUAGAGAGAA